GCAAAAUGCUCAUCCCUAGUCUUUUGAAGAUUCAGAAUCAAGAAAGGCAACAUUUACAAUUCUGGGGAAUGGGAUUUGAAAGUCAUCAGCCAUCAAAAUAGACGCAAGCCCUGUAGCAGGUUGCCUUCAGAGGGAGAAAGAGAAAACCCAGCAUGUAGGACCCGAAAAAGCAACGGGGAAAAGUACGAAUGGAGAAGACGACCUUAACUUCACCCACCUUGCUUUCUCAAUAAAAACGCGGGGAGUCCAUGUCCCACUUGGGUGAAGAAAUUUACAUCAAGGUUUUCUCAAUAAUUUAACGUAGGAAAUCCAUUCUUCCCUUGGGUUAUAGAUGAAUUUACUCUUUAGAAGUCACAUGUUGUCCCUCAAAUUCUGUUAUUGCAUAUUCUUCUUAUGUUCUGGCAUUGGAUUCUGCUUUGCAACAGAUACUUUGACUUUUAACAGUUCCAUCCAUCCAGAGCAACAAGGGCAAUACAUCAUCGUUAAAGAGGGAUUGAUGCCAAGCAGCUUGUCGGGAAAAUUAAGUAUCAAUAUUAAGAUUCAUCCACUAGUUUUGCGUCUUCUGUCGAAUUCCUGUAACAGUGAUCAGGUAACUUGUUCACGCCAGGGUAAAUCUAAAUGUAUUAUUGUGCAAACUCUGAACUGUAACAACACGAGACUGGUGAUGAGUCUGAAUGGUCAGUUGCAGUUCUUUAGGUUGCAAAAUAUGACAAAAACUUGGUUUUUGAUAUGGUCAGGACCAGAUAGGUGUCACGCUUGUGGUAGCUUUAGUAGCUGCAAUAAUGAGAACAGGUUGUUUUGCAAAUGCUUACCUGGAUUUAAGCCAAAGUCACUGGAUAAUUGGAACUCUGAACAAUUUUCUGAUGGAUGCACCAGAAAAUCUCCAAUAUGUAGCAAGAACUCGAGGAUCAAUAAUUUCUUGAGGCUAAGCAUGAUAAAAGUUGCAGAUAGUGAUUCAGAAUUUGUAGUUCAUAAUGUAAGUGACUGUAAAAAAUGGUGCCUUGACGACUGUGAGUGCCAGGCUUAUUCAUAUACUGAAUCUGAAACCUACCGAAGGGAUCUUAACUUCAUAGGUAAUGCUACGUGCUCAAUAUGGAAAAAAGCCCUAAACAAUAUCUCGGAGGAUCAAAUUGAUGGAGGUCAUGACAUUUAUCUCCGUCUGAUGCAUUCAGAGAUAGAACCAACAAAAAGAAGUUGUGAGACUUGUGGCACUAACAUGAUUCCCUACCCACUAAGCACUGGAACAAGCUGUGGUGAUCCCAUGUACUUCAGUUUCUAUUGUGAAACUAACAAUCUCACUGGUCAGGUUUACUUCAAUGCAAGUGGUGGGGGAUAUCGAGUUACUAGCAUUAAUCCAGAGUCACAAAAAUUUUCCAUUGAUGUUAAAAAUGCAGAAAACUGUAAAUCAAAGGAAAUGAUGGAAAGGUUUCUACAGCUUGACCGUUCAUCUCCAUUUUAUGUGAGAAGUGGAUGCAAUUCUAACCAAAGAGACUUCAGUACAGAUUCUCUAUUUGACAGUGAAUGGUUUGAAAUAGAUAUUGGGUGGACACCACCCUUAGAGCCUCUCUGUAAUACAUCCCAAGACUGUAGUGAUUGGCCAAACUCAUCUUGUUUGGUAGCAAAAGACAGGAAGAGAAGGUGCUUAUGCUAUGCAGGCAAUGCAACCAAUGCAUCCUUUCAAUGGGAUCCCACAACAGUUAAUUGCACUUCAGCUGAUUACCCUAACCAAAACAAAAGAUCUCAUGAGGAAUGGAAGCCAUUAUAUCUGGUCAUCGCUGGAGUUAUUGCAGCCACUCUAAUCAUCUGCUUUUGUUUUGUGUAUCAUAAGAGGAAGAGAAGGCUGGUCAAUAGACAAGAUCUAGAAAAAAGGGAAAGGGAAAGCAGUAAGGGAAAUCUGGCACUUUGUUUGCAUGACAGUGAAAAGCGUGUCAAAGACUUUAUAAAUUCUGGCCAGUUUGGAGAAGAUGAUAAAAAGGACAUAGAUGUACCGUUCUUGGAUCUAGAAAGCAUAAUAGCUGCUACUGAUAACUUCUCGGAUGCAAACAAGCUUGGACAAGGGGGGUUUGGGCCUGUUUACAAGGGUAAGUAUCCAGGAGGACAAGAAAUUGCUAUAAAAAGGCUCUCUAGUGGUUCAGGGCAAGGCUUAGAAGAAUUCAAGAAUGAGGUUGUACUGAUUGCCAAGCUUCAACAUCGGAAUCUUGUUAGACUUCUGGGCUACUGUGUUGAAGGACAAGAGAAAAUGUUAAUGUAUGAAUAUAUGCCCAACAAAAGCUUGGACUCCUUCAUAUUUGACCGAACACGAUGUUUGUUAUUGACCUGGGAGAUGCGCUUUGACAUUAUUCUUGGAAUUGCUCGAGGGAUGCUUUAUCUUCACCAGGACUCUAGGCUGAGGAUUAUUCACAGAGAUUUGAAAACAAGCAAUGUCCUAUUAGAUGAAGAAAUGAAUCCAAAAAUAUCUGACUUUGGCUUGGCUAGAAUUUUUGGAAGCAGACAGACGGUGGCAAGCACAACCAGAGUUGUUGGUACUUAUGGUUACAUGUCUCCAGAGUAUGCACUGGAUGGAUUUUUCUCAUUCAAGUCCGAUGUUUUUAGCUUUGGCGUGGUAGUUCUUGAGAUUAUCAGUGGAAAAAGGAACACUGGAUUUUAUCAGUCAGAGCAAGCCCUGAGUCUUCUGGGUUAUACAUGGAGAUUGUGGGAAGAAGAAAGAGCUUUGGACUUGAUGGACCAGACAUUACGUGAAACUUGCAACACCAGUGAGUUUCUUAGGUGUGUUAAUGUUGGACUCUUGUGCGUACAAGAAGACCCGAGUGAUCGUCCCACCAUGUCAAACGUGGUUUUUAUGCUUGGAAAUGAAGUCGCAACUCUUCCAAAACCAAAACAGCCUGCAUUUGUUCUAAGAAGGUCACUCUCUGGCGCAACUUCUUCUAGCAAAGUGGAAGCAAAUUCUGAGUUAAUGACUACUUUGGAGGAAGGUAGAUGAUGGUUAAAAGUGGAAACAAGCUGAGCCCUUCUCUGUAAACUAAGGUGAUAAUUCAUUCAAGAAUAAUACUGAUGAAGCACACCGGCCGCAACCCCCAAUGGUUUACAAAAGGUGAGCCUAGUUGGGUUAGAACUUCUAAAUGAGAAUUCUAUUAGGAGUUUUAGUAGUUCUGUAUAUAUAUGUGUGUGCUUGUGGUUCCAUUAAAAGGGAGAGUUAAUGAUAUUAAGGAAUUUCCAGCAGUUAUGCUCUUGAUUGUGUGAAGCAAUCUUGAUUGUGAGAAGCAAUCAUUCUUAGGUGUGAUUCCUAAGGCUGGUUAGGUGUGAUACCUAGGGUUCCUUACUCUU